AUGGACUCAUCAUUUGGUCAGGGCUCUCCCCAGGUCGACAUCUCCCAGCUCAGUGAUUUCGAGAAGAAAGAGCUGUCGCAAACUCUUACACAUGAGUUCGAGAAAGCGAAGAUGCAAGAAAACAUCCACAACCUUACAGAUCUCUGCUGGAAAAAGUGCAUUACAGGCAGCAUCAAAACCGGACAGUUAGACAAGACCGAAACGUCAUGUACGGAGAAUUGCGUGCAAAGAUUUAUGGAUGCAAACGAAACUGUGAUUGGGCAUUUGCAGAGGUUGCAGGGGAAGAUGUGA